AUGAGCAGCGAUGCUCCAUCCGAACUCCGCUACGUGCGGUAUGACAACUCGCGUGAAAACGAGUAUGUCGCCGCAAUGCGCCAACUGAUCUCCAAAGAUCUGUCUGAACCUUAUAGCAUCUACGUGUACCGCUACUUUCUUUACCAAUGGGGCGAUCUUUGUUUUCUUGCGAAAGAUGAUAAAGACCAGAUGGUCGGGGUCGUGGUGUCGAAGCUGGAACCUCACCGUGACGGCCCGCUGAGGGGGUAUAUCGCCAUGCUGGCCGUGCGCGAGGAGUACCGAGGCCGGGGGAUUGCAACCAAGUUGGUACGCAUGGCUAUUGAUGCUAUGAUUGAACGUGAUGCAGAUGAGGUAUGUACAUAUGCAAAUGCGUUUUGUCUCGGUGGCACUGGAGCUGACUUGGGCGUGUUUGAACAGAUCGUCCUCGAAACCGAAAUCACCAACACCGGUGCAAUGAAACUAUAUGAGCGUUUGGGCUUCCUUCGUAGCAAGCAGCUCCAUCGAUACUAUUUGAAUGGCAACUCGGCAUAUCGACUCGUUCUCUACCUCAAAGAAGGUGUAGGCGCGAUUCGGACGGCUCUCGUUGAUCCCUAUGGCUCUCUUCCACCCGUGCCCGGGGUACCCGAUGCAUGUUCUGGACAUUCUCAUGCGAAUAUGGGAUCAUUGAUGUAA